AUGGCGGCCGCCAACCUCCUCAACGACACCCUCUCCCUCAUCACCUACGUCUACACGACCUUCGUAUCCCCUCAACUCCCGCCGACCUUGGACAACACUGUGCGAUACACAUCUUCCGUCGCUACGUCAACGAUCACGACUCUGAUCCUCCCCAUCCUCGCAUCUGGGGACAUCGUCUCGAUCGCCGCCCUCCUCUUGACCCUCUACUUCUCCCUCAAAACUCUCAACUACCUCCGCCGCAGCCUCUUCGGGUGGAUUUUCUUCUUCGUGAAGUUGGGCUUGUUGUUGGUCCUGGUGCAGGCGGUGGUGUAUGUCAAUGCAUAUGGCUGGGAGAAGGCGGUGAAAGAUGCGGGGUGGUUGGGUGGAAUGGCUUGGGGUGCUGCGGAGGGUGUUUGGGAUGGCGCUGCAGGACGAGGACAUGGCAAUAACCGCUACGGAGGAGGCAGUGGGUGGGGGAGCAAUAACAGUGGGAGACAGCAAUACAUGGGCGGUGGUGUGGGUGGUGCGAGGAAUCGUUGGCGGUAA